GCAAAUAGAAAGUUCAUAAAAUACAGCAAAAAAUAGCAUAUCGGCCCCUAAUGAUUUCUCUAAUAUUAGCACAGCCCAUCUCUAUCUUCUUCUCCAUCCUCAUUAAGCCAAUCCAAAGCAUAAAACAAUUAAACAAAACCUGCUUACGCCAUCAAACAAAAACAAAAAUAUCUUCAGUGCAAUUUCUCCCAUCUCAUUAAUAUCCCCUUGACCUUCUUCCCCAAAGCUCGCUCUUCCUUCCAUGGAGGACGAGGAGAAGGUGGAGGAAUGGGAGCUCCUCCCUCCCAACACCUCCUUCCUGGAACUGGGCCUGGAAGACAUCAAAGACCUCUUCUCCAAAGAAAUUGACUACGCGGACUACUUCAUAGAACAACCGGCUCAGCUCCUCAAUCUCAGCCAAUCCGCCAACGGCGACGAGGAACCAUCACAGCAAUCCACAGCAAGUAAACGCCAAAGCUACGAUGAGGAAUUUCAGGAAGAAAUCGAAGUUGAAGAUCUCCAGGCCAAAGAACAGAGCAGUGAUGACGAGGAAAAUGAAGUUUUGGGUGAAAAGCCGCGGCCGAUCGUAGCGGGAAUCGGCGAGAUGUUGUCGAUCGGGGCGGCUGUGGCGGCGGCGAUGCUGUGUGGGUUUUUGCUCGGCAGCGGGCGGCGGAAGGAGCAGCCUCGCCGGGCCGAUACUAUGCGCUUCCACAUAUACAAAGACGACAAGGCGCUGAAGCAGAUGGUGCGACAGGCGAACAGGAUUAAUCAGGUGUUGGUGGCGACGGCGAGUGGGAUGCCGCCGCCGGUGAUGCAGCCGGCGACGAUCUCCUUUGGUGGUUGCUUUGGCGAUAUGCUUUGAUGGUGUUUACCACUGUCUGUAUACACUGUAAAUGGAUGUCUGUGUGCUGUGAUGAAUUAAAAUGUUGGAAUGAUGCUUCGACGUUAUUUAUUUGUAUUUGAAAUAAAGGAAUCUAGCUGUUUAUAUGACCUUUUUAAGUUUUAA